CAACUAUUGUGACUUACGUCACAAUUUAUCUGAAAUGACAUUUCGUUUAAUCGGUUGUCUUGUCACUUUUAGACAAUUUUUUUGGUGUAAUUUUUUUAAUUUUUCAAUUAAUUGUUAAUGUUAAAUACCUAAUAGUAAUUAGCAAAUAAUAGUGUGUCAUGCACUAAUUAGUUAUACCUUUGGUGGAGUGGAUAACAAUCAACAAAUCAAUCGGUGUCCGGUGUCUGUAUUAUAAAUAUUUUUUUUUUCAAGGAGACAAUAAUGGCAUACUCACUGGUUUUUGAAUGGAUGGACGAAUUUGAAUCGUUAAUUGAAAGCGAAAUACAUACAUAUUCAACGGAACAAGAACAUAAUCAGGAAGUUAUGAUAGCUCUCUAUAAUAUCCUAUCUGAACCACAAAAAUAUAAAUCUGAUAAUCUAAUAGAUGGGAUAUGUCAGCAACUGCUAAACUUCUACAGAUCGGGUGAGCCCCAGCUGCGAAAGUUUGCCAUGCAAUUUAUACCCAUUCUUGUGUUCUUACAUUUAACUGACAAGUCCUAUUCCGCAGUACAAACCUUGUUAGUUAGUUUAUAUAACCUUGAGGUCAUCGAUGCCAAAGGCCAACCCCGCACCCUAUCCUUUCGAAUCCCUAGUAUAGCCCAGUCCUCCAUAUACCACGAUUCUACCACCCUGGAACCGGCUUUCAUAGCUGAAAGUUCCCUAAGACGCUGGGAAGAGUGCAAUACAAAGUUAGUUAGCUGGGGCCCUUUGCCUCAAGUAGAAACAUUAAAUGCUCAGAACAGACAGAGAGUCGUCACGGCACUUUUAUUUUUGUACAAUCAACAAUUAGCCAAUGUAAUUACUCAAGGAAUUGAAUUUACUUGUAGGGGAAUAUCUAGGUUAGUUACUCAGGGCUUUAAUACAUCAAACUCGAGUAGUAACCGAAGUUCAGUAGCUAGUGAUAGUAGCUUUCAUCAACCAGUCAGUAUUUUACCACGUGUUCAAAUUGCUGGACCUUUACUUAUAGAAUUACUUCACAUAGUUUAUCACGGAGCUGAAAGGUGCGCUAGUGGAGCUGUUCAGGCCCUAUACGAUAUCAUUCAACGAGCUACUUAUGAAACUUUUCCAGAUGUUUUAUUGGCAGCCAAUGCUGUUAAGAAUCUCCUGCAGCAUUCGCCGUCAAUAGCAGUGACCUCUAGGCCAUCCCAUACUCAUGCUGUAUCAAAAUCUAUGAUAACGAAUGCUUCGUUUAGGACGAAAAAAUUGCCGGAUGAUAUUCCAAUACAAGUUGAUCAGCAACAAGCCGAUGCGACUCUAGAUUCGAUAACGGAAGAGCAAGAAGAAAACGACAAGGCGAAAAACAAAACUGUAAGUGCUCUUAAACACCUUCCGAAGUUGCCGGGUCUAACGAAAAAACACAAAACCAAAAACAUUUCUCAAGGAGACACAUUAACCGAGGUCACCAUUGAUGGAAUUUUGGAUUCAAGUAAUGAAGGUAAUUACAAUUCGGUUCACGUGAGUGCGGUCUGAAAUAAAUCCUCCUAUAUGUACUUUGUAUUGUAAAAUAUACUAUUUUUUUAGACAUUUUUAUUCUUCCGUGUAGUAGUAUUGUGGUGUUUGGACCAGAUAUUGUUUUUAUCUUAAAAUGCGAUUUAUAGAAUUACUACCCAUUAACAGCUAGUAACUUUAUAUAUUGUAUUUUCAAUUACCAAUAGAACUAGAACCAUUGAGUAGUUUUUUUAAUGCUUAUUGGUAUAAUAAUUACAGUUGUUAUUAAAGCACCUCACCUUAGAUGUAACAGAGCCAAAAAAUAAAACAAUAUUUUUUUGUUCCUUAUUUUUAUAUGGGUUUUUUUCAAAAACACCCAUAAAAUAUAUUCAGUAUCAACUAUUUUCCGCCUUUUUUGAAAUGAGAAAAUCGAGAAUAUUCCCAUUAUUAAUGUACAGAAUUAAAUUUUAUCUAGAACUUAAGUAGAAUUAGAAUAUUUUAAUACCUCAAUUAUUAAUUCCCAAUAUUAACUUUUUAACUAAAUCAUCAAAAAUCGGAUUAGUACCAUUUUAACCAAGAUAGAUUGUCAUUUGAAAAAAAAAAAGGUAUUGUGGUCAAAAACCAGGGUGUUGAUAAUAUAUUAGAAUUUUUAUUAGUUUUACAAUAAACAUGACUUCUGAAAAAUAUAAAGGGUCUCACCCUAUCAUUUCAAAGCAAAAAAAUCUGUAAAUAGAGAGAUCUGUACUGUCUAUAAAUUGAUAUAACUACUAAAAAAUCAAUAUAUGUAUUAUAUAGUAGAAUAAAUUAAUAUGGACAUAGGGUUUAUUUAUUUUUUGAUAUUGUAGCAGGUUAGUUAUGGGUAUUUUUCUGAUGCCUAAAUGUUACUUUAAUUGUGAUAUGUAAAGUUUUAAUAAUAAUUAUUAGGUUGUUUAGUAGUAAUAAUCCACUGCAUUUAGGAUUUUUCUACAUUUGUACAAUUUUGAAUUGAUUUUGUGAUAUAUGUACUAAUUCAAAGGAAUUUAUAUAUACGUGACACUUUACCAUAGCAUGCAUUUUCUGCCAGUUCUUCAUAUUUUGCAUUAACAUAACAUCGUUAUGUGUUGAAGUUUUUACCCAAAAAAUCGAUUUCCAACGAACUUAUGUUGCUUUGUGGUUUUAUUUUAAAUUAUUAAAUUCGUCAUCUCAUAAGUCUUAAGGCUCUGGGCCCAUAAUCCAUUGUAGAAUAGAGGCAGAAAAAUUUGUUAUUUACAGAGUGAUCUGGAAAAAUUUAUUUUGUCGAACGAAAAUUGUAUUUUUCUCGAUCAGCAUAAAGAUUUAUAGAGAAUUUCCAUUAAUUUCUUCUUGGCCCAAUGCAUUGUUGUCAAGAGCAGGAAACCGUACAAUCGUACAACGAUUCUGUGCAAAGCUUAAAAUUUGUGCCUAGAAUUUGAAAUUUGUAUAAAGAUUGGAUUUCCAAACCGUUCAUGGGACGGUUUUUGACCUGUGAGAACAGUCCAUAUGAAUCUCAAAAAACUUCGUUUUUUACAGCGUUGUCAAGUUUUAUGUGUAUUCUCCCACUUCAGGAAACCAGAAACUAUCUAGAAAACCAUAAUUAUAUAAAUUAUUCUGUAGAAAAAUCCUAAAUCGUUUGUUGAAUUGUGUUACUAUUGAAUAUGUAGCCACCCAAUCCAUUUAAAUGCUUGUUUUUUUUUGUUUAAUAAUAAUUCGAAUAUUAAACCGAAAUUCAAUUAACCAAUUCAACAGACAAUUGCUUAGAAGAAAAAAAAUAUAUCGAAAGUUGUAGUUAUUCGUUAUGGUUGGAAGUUUUUUUUUUAUGUAGGCAUAUUAAAUUAUGCAGAAAAAAGUAGUUAAUGGAGCUUUUUAAUAAUCAAAACUAAGUUAUACUUACUGUUAAGUACUUUUGUAAAAUAAAAACCAUUUUUUCCCAACAAUUUUAUUCAACAAGAAAACUAUAAGUGUAAACUAAUUGUAGCGUAGAAAAAUAAUUGAAAAUUUGUAUUUACAUCUUUCAUGUUGUGGCUCUAAAAAAACUGGACGUAAAUACUUGGAGCACUAGAAUGUUGCAUUUAAUUUAUUAUUAUUUGCCACUAUUUAAUACAUCCAGUUUUAUUCUUUGUAAUGUCACCAAUUUAGAAUUAACUUCAUUAUUGAACAAGGUAUAGAUUUACAUUAAAAUAUAAAAUUAAAAUUUUCAUUCUGUUUUGGUGACAUAAGUUUUUCUCAAUUUUUAAACUGUGAGUUUGUGGGUUCCCAAAAUAAAUUUAAAAAAAAAACAAAGUAUAGAUAUUAUUAUUACUAAUCUAAAUGUAAUAAUUUAAAUUGUUAACUAUAAAAUAAUCGGUGUUAGCCAACUUUACGGGCGAGAUUUGUUGUAUCGUUGAAUAAAACAUCCUUUAAAAGAGUUUAGUCUUACAUCCACCUCACCUUCUUCCAGCUGAAAAUAAGCAAACUUAAAGCAAACAAUUAGAUCACCUUUUCAGAGUUUUUUUCAAUGAUAUUUUUAUGAGAAAUUAAUGGGUAAGUUGAAAAAAAAAGUUUUAUGUCCGAUUGACCAAUAAAUGUGUCAAUAAAGUAGCACUGUAAAAUAAAGUGCUUCUUUAUUGCCUACCUGGACUACCUGACAACCUGCCAAGGUGAAACAGGUAUACUCAUAUUUUAUUUAUUUCUUACAAUUUUUUAAAUUUCAAUAAAAACCAGUCACAAUCGUACAUAAAAUCACGUAUUGACACGUAUAUGACGCUAACAUAAACAGGCUUUAUUGACUUAAUAUUUAAUUUAAAAUUAUCCGUACAAUAAAGCCUUACUUUAUGUACUUGUAUUAGCUAUUAAUGAUUAUUUGGACCUCACUGGAAUGUGUCAAAGACAGUUGUUUUGUCAUUAUUGGCGCAGUCGAGUGGAUCCCAAUAUAAAAAUAAUUGAUGAUGAUAAAAGUGGAAAUCUUAUUAUUAAUCAGUCAUAAACCUUACCAGAUCUUGUUGGUAUAAAUCUCGAUAACAAGAUGGCGAAACGCACUGACGAAUACAGGUGACUUUUGACAGGCCGCUUUUGCCUAAACAUCCUUUUUCGCAGGCCGCUUCCACCUCUCGAAAUGUGGCUUCCUAAAAAAACAAUUUGCUGAAAUUUUGAAGUCUAACCACUGUUUCAGGUUGGUUAUAAAGAAUUGAAAUUUUUGGAAGAAAAGCCUGAGAUUUUAUUGAAGACAGGUACCUACCUAAAUGUACAAAGAUCUGUAGGUUUAAGGUCAUGCCAGUUCUUACCUUGGUUGAAAUUGAUUGUUUUUUUGAAAAUAUUGAUUCCUUUUGGUUUGGGUUAGUUUGGGUUAGUAAUUUUGACCACAAGAAAAGAAUGUUGAUGUUUUUUGAAAAAGUCUUUAAUAAAGUCGAAACGUCGGCAUUUUUUGAAAUUUAAAAGGUUUUUUUUGUCCUAACUACCUAAGGUUUUAACCAGGCGAAAAAAAAAAAAAUUGAUUAUUAGUAUAAAGUCAGAGUUUACUCACAUUUUUCUUGGAUUCCUUGUAUGGAAAUUCUGGAAAUGUAUAGGUAGUUGUACCUUUAUUUGUUGUCGGCGGAAUCGUCGUAGUUGACUGUGCCGGGAUCAUCGAUAAAUGGAGACCAGAAAUUAAUAAAAGAGCAUAAAGGGAGAUCAUUUUCUCCUACCAAGAAAAUUUACAUGAAGGUUGAGAAUGUUUAUUUCAACGUUUUUGGAUCAAUAGAUGGUGUGCGUGCGCAAUUUGUUUUCGUUUUAUGUAUGGAAAAAUGCUGGAAUCUUUUCUGCUUCAAACAUUGGAAACGUAGGAGAAAACUUUGGGAUUUUAUUAUUUUUUUAAGGCUACUUGGUUGACAUUUUUGAUUAUAUAUUGUUAUUCUCGAUCUUGACAUUAUGACGGAAAGUAAGUAUAACAUUUGAUAUUUAUUUUCUCGUAAAAAUCGAUAAAUGUCCGGACUUUUUUUCUGAAGAUCUCAAACAAGCGACAUUCUUUCAAAAUAUGUACCUACUAUAAAUUUCACCGACUGGAUCUAGAAGAUAUCAAACAAUCAUUUUGCACGUCUUGCAGUUUAAAGUUUGUAUUUAUUACUUAUCAGAUACCCACAACCAAGCCAUAACAUCUCCAAAUUUUCAAUGAAGACAAUGAAAUUCGCAUUUCUGGCCAAUAAAUAAUUAAAAAAAAGCUACCAAAAAUGUUAUAUUUUAUUACUUAGAAAGCACUAAACUUAAAAUUGGUUUAAUCCUAAACAAUACCUAAAUAAUUUUACAAUUCUUUUAUAUCAUCUGGAUCAUCUACAUCUUCUUCUAAUUUUUCAGUUACCAACUUAUCCUCUUGUUCAUUCAAGACAACUUGUUUCCUAGCUAACUUCAAUAAGUGCAAAAUUAUUUCAUCAACAGUGUGUUCUUCAAGAAGGUCUUUCGCUGUUUCAUCAUCAAUGACUACUGCAAACAAUAAUUUGGCAUUUUCUCGCAUCUUUGUUAAAUAAUCGCACUGGGUUGCGGGAAUAUAGCCACACCGUCGUAUGACCGAAUCUAAAACUCUAUCCACAGGCGUUUCUGGGUGACCGAAUUCCUCCAAACAAUCUUCAUCGACUAAUAAUUCCAACAACUCCUUGAUGGAAUCGGUAAAAGUCAAUUCGUUCCAGACGAUUGUCUCUUUUAAGGCCUCUUUGUCGAUAGAUUGAUUAGCAAUAGCUUGAAGUAGCUGACUUUGAAGUCGUUUUUUUUCCGCAUUGGCCAUAACAUCUUCGAGCACGUCUCUAUGUUUUGUUCGCAUGUGCCUCAUUAAACAGUCUUUUCUCAAAAAGGCUCUAUUGCAAACUUCACAAAUAACUGGAGACUCUUUUUUGUGGACGUUUAAAUGUGCUUUUAAUGAAGAUUUUAUUGAAAAUGUUUUGCCGCAUGCAUUACACACAUGAGCUAAAAUAAAAUCAUUUGAUAUGUUUCAUCGUAAAACAAGUUUACUUACGCUUUUGGCCACUAUGUGAUAGUAAAUGGCGCUGUAUGUCUUCUUGACGAAAAAAUAAUUUGGAACAACCUUCUUUGGGACAAGACAAACGUUCGGCGCCCUCAUGAACAAACUUAAUAUGAGUAGUAAGACGUGAUUUGCGAUUAAAGGCUCUGUUACAAUAACGGCAAUUGUAAGCGUUCUCUCCAGUAUGAUGGAAAAUAUGCGCUCGAAGUUGGACCGCUUGAAUGAACGAUUUUCCACAAAACUGACACUUGUGGGGUUUGUCUCCCGUGUGAGUCCGCCAAUGACGAUUCAGAGUUUCUUUGGCGGCGAAUUUUUUGUCGCAUUCCGGACACGAAUACGGUUUUUCUCCGGUAUGGGUACGUCGGUGUUUUUUCAUCGCACCGCAAGAGGGAAAUUUCAUGUCGCAAAUGUCGCAGCCGUAUGGCCUUUCACCUGUGUGAGUGCGAACGUGGAUUUGCAACAAGGCCGUUGUACUGAAUUCUUUGCGGCAAAACGUACAAGUGUUAUGCUUCUUUUUGCGGUUCGUCGUUAGUCCAGCGUGGCCUUUAAGGUGUGCCGCUAGAUUGUCUUUACGAGUAAACGAUUUCUGACAU